AGAAGGAAACCAGACAUGUCCUUGGAUGACAUUGAGAUGAACUCUACUGACUUCCUGGAGCGGGAGGGUCUGGACAGCGGGGGCUUCGGAAAGGUGUCUCUGUGUUUACACAGAUCCCACGGACUCGUGGUCCUGAAGAAGGUGUACACGGGCCCCAAGCGCACCGAGUACAACGAGGCCCUCCUGGAGGAGGGCAGGAUGAGGCACAGGCUGCGGCACAGCCGCGUGGUGAAGCUGCUGGGCGUCAUCAUGGAGGAGGGGAACUACUCGCUGGUGAUGGAGUACGUGGAGAAGGGCGACCUCACGCACGUGCUCAAGGCCCAGAUCAGUAUCCCUCUCUCUGUGAAAGGAAGGAUAAUUAUGGAGACCAUUGAAGGAAUGCGCUACUUACACAAAGAAGGUGUAAUACACAAGGACCUCAAGCCUGAAAAUAUCCUCCUCGAUGGUGACUUUCACAUUAAGAUAGCUGACCUUGGCUUUGCCUCCCUUAAGACGUGGAAUGAGCUGAUGAAAGAGGAGCUUACCGCGCAGAGGAGAGGGAACAGCAGCACGAAGAGCGGCGGCACCCUCCACUACAUGGCCCCCGAGCAUCUGAACGACGCCAACUCGAGGCCCUCGGAGAAGUCAGACGUGUUCAGCUUCGCCAUGGUGCUCUGGGCCGUCUUUGCCAAUAAGGAGCCAUAUGAAGGUGCUAUCUGUGAGCAGCAGCUGACAAUGCACAUUAAAUCUGGGAACAGGCCAGCUGUGGAGGACGUCACUGAGCAGUGCCCGCAGGAGGCUAUCAGCAUCAUGAAGCAGUGCUGGGCGGUGAAUCCAGAAGAUCGGCCAACGUUUGCUGGCAUUGAAGAGAAAUUUAGGCCUUUUUAUUUAAAUCAAUUAGAAGAACAUGUAGAAGAGGACGUGAAGAGUUUAAAGAAAGAGUAUCCGGGCCAAAAUGAAAUUGUAAAGAGAAUGAAGUCUCUCCAAAUUGAUUGUGUAGCAAUAUCUCCAAGCAGGUCAAAUUCAGCCACAGAACAGCCCGGUUCGCUGCACAGCUCACGGGGAUUCGGGUCGGGUCCUGUGGAGGACUCCUGGUUCGCCCCCGCCCCAGAGCAGCAGCGGGAGUGGCAGGAGGACGUCCGACUGCACAGCAAGCUCCAGGAGGAGGCCCGCUACCAUCUCUACGGCAGCCGCAUGGACAGGCACACAGAAGAGCGGCCCGGAUGGGACGUGGCUGACAGCGGACAGGAAGAGAGGCGACGGAGGGUCUCCCAUGACCCUUUUGCGCAGCAGAGGCCUUGCGAGGACGCUCGGCGCCCAGGGCUAAAAGGCCUUGCUAACCCCGGCGCAGCCCAUCAUGGGGGUGCGGUUCAGCAACCAGCAGGGCUCACCAGCCAACCCCAGUUACUAUACUGGAGAAAUGGGCUGUGUCCAUCACCCGGUUUGGGAGCAAGACCAGUGGAUCUGAGAGCCGCAGGUCCCGGAGUUUGCUGCGGGCCACAUCCAGGCCACACGCCAAGCCUGCAUAAAACUCCCGUGCCUGAGACCCACCCACUGGGAAACACACCCACCAUUCCAUUCAGCUCCUUGCCAUCAAGAGAUGAGUCUUUAAAAUAUAGCAUAUACAACAGUUCUGGCGUUCAGAUCGGAAAAAAUAAUUACAUGGAGAUUGGCGGAAUGGGUUCACUGGUGCUGGACGGCACGUACAUGAGCCUGAAAGACGCCCCAGCUUCUCAGUACCAAGAUAUCUUUGAUAAUACCACUAGUCUGACUGAUAAACACCUGGACCCAGUCAGAGAAAAUCUGGGCAAGCACUGGAAAAACUUUGCCCGUAAGCUGGGCUUCUCUCAAUCUCAGAUUGAUGAAAUUGACCAUGACUAUGAGCGAGAUGGACUGAAAGAAAAGGUUUACCAGAUGCUCCAGAAGUGGCUGAUGAGGGAGGGCAGCAAAGGGGCCACGGUGGGAAAGCUGGCCUGUGCGCUCCACCGGUGCUCCAGGACAGACCUGCUGAACUGCUUGAUCCACGCCAGCCAGGACUAAGCCCGCGGGGCUCCUGCAGCAUGGGGUCGUCUCCCCACCUGGUGAGCGACCCACCCAGAGCCUGCUGCCUCAGGAGGUUCAGAGUUCUUUCCUCGCUGAUGUGGGUUCUGUGCCUAAAAAUCAUUUCCUGCCUUUCAUAGCUGGAGGAUGGGAAAAGAAAUCUACAGCAAACAACCCACUACACAGGAAGACCUGUUCAGGGCCAAGGUCCAGUCAAAAAAGAAGCCUAAGAGCGUUUUGAAAGGGAGAGAGAUUUAAGGGAGAUCAUUUUCUUUCAGAUUAUUCCAUAACCUUCAGUGAUGCUGUUUAUUCAGUUUCUUGAAGUUUUGCUUGAGCAAGGAAAAAAAAAAUUCAGAGAAUAUAAAUCAGCUUUCUAAUUCUGCACUGUCUUCUCUACAUAGGCUCCUGUUAUAACCGAAGCACUGUAAAAUGCUGCAUUCUCGUCAAAUGGGAUUUUUUUGUAUCACAACCACAGCUCAUUCCAGAAUUACAGGGUCUCUUAACUUCAGGAUCAAAUUCUGUAUCAUUCACUACAGGCUUCAGGAGUUACAUGCUGUCUUCACUCUAAAUUAACGGAAGGAAGCGAUUUUCAGGAGUACAAACAAGGGGGAAGAAGAGAGAACAAAAAUAGCAGACUUUCCCAGGCUGCCACUGCACAGAUUGCUACUAAUUCUGAUGAGUACAAAGGUUCUUUCCUAGCCUUCUGACACUCCAGGUACUUUUCCAACCUGCGUGCCCUGAAGAGGGAGCAGGUGUGCUGGGAGUAUUGAGCGCUUCACCCCUGGCUACGCCUGGAGCCUCAGGGCAGGUCGGGGUUGGGCAGCUUCCUCAGUGUACCCCAGGGUACUGUGGAAGUAGUUUCGUUUCCUCUGUGAGCCAGGCUGCACGAGGACAGGCUCCGAGUCUGCUAGUUGUGCCUGCAGCACUCAACCUUUCAAAGCCCACCUGAAACCAAGAAGGAGUGAAGGCACUCGAGGGCCAGGAGACUGACGUGACCAGGCCACCCAGCAUCGCUGCCGCCCUUUGCUCGGCAGAGCAGGUGUGCCACUGUGCUCGGCCCUCCCGGGAGGGAGGCACACAGGAUGCGGUAACGUCAUCUGGCUGCCAGAACCGAUCCUAGUGCUUGGUGGGUUCGUAACAGUAUGGUUGGUUCUGAUAAUAAAUCUCCUCCAGUCCCGGCAGAGAGAGAGACACACACACACGCACGCACACACACACGCACGCACGCACACACACACACACACACACACACACACACACACACACACACACACACUAGCCCCUUGUGUGGAGGGCCGUCCGUGCACCGUAGGGCACUUGGAAGCAGCGCUGGCCUCUCCCUGUGAGAUGCCACUAGUGCUCUUCUCCCCUCCUCCCAUCCUAGCAGUGGCAAACAGCAAUGUCUCUGGACAUCUCCAGAUGUUCCCUGGAGGGGCAAAACUGCCCUAGUUGAAGACAGCACUGCUAAAAAGUAGUGAGCCUGUUUUCCUACCCACACAUAUCCAGGCUCACCACUUCGUUGCCACACAGCAUUGGAUCACAUAGACCAAAAGGACAACUGGAGGGGCAAACAGUCCCAGGCUUGCUGGAGGGGGCUGGAUGAUUUCUUUUCUAAAUGCAUCCCUUGUGCCUCUCUUCUAAAUUCCAAAGAAGUUGCAUGAUCAAUGCUCAGAGGCAAAAAGCACAAGAUAUCUUUAAUGGACUUUAUAAAUAAAAUUUUGUACCUCAAAUAUAAGCCAUGUGUUUGUAUAAAUGAAACAGUUUGAGAUUCUCCACUGUGACUUUACCACAUGGGUUGGCAUUUCCUUUUCACCCCUGCUAUUGGCAGGAGAGGGGAAGCUGCUGAUAAAAGAGGAGCUUCUUGACAUUGCAUUUUGACUUUCAAGAUGAAAAAGCCACUGAUCCGAGAGCCUGCGGCACUGCUGUCCUUCACACCUGGCUCAGAGGCCCUUCCUUCAGCCUCCACUCUCUAAAAACUGGGCUGGAAAGGGCCAAAUUUGUAUCUGAGGUGUUUCAAUGCAAGGCCCAAGCACCACAAAAACACUAGUCUUGGGCAGAAACCAAUUAAAUGAGAUGACACAGACUACAACAUGAGAAAUAAGACUAUCCAUCUUGGCUCCGAAAAAGGUAUUCAGACCCUAAGGUUGAUACUGCUAAAUAAGACCCACUUCCAGAUCACACAUCCUGCUCAGGAGAGCCUCCCCUUGAUGCUAUGGUCAUGGUCUUUGCUCUGGGUCCAUAGUAUGAAGUUAGAUCUUCAGCAACAAGGAGUUAUUUCUCACAGAACAUUUUAAAUAGUAUUUUGAUGUACAUUUUAAUGUGUGUGGUUUAUGUUUUAAAGUUUUUCUAAUUACAAUAAUCAUGUAAAUAAAAAUAGGUCUUUAUAUGGUCAAGGUUUUAGAAGCAUCUGAUUACAAGGAAAUCACUGAAGGAUUAGUUCUGUGGUGUAAUCCAGGUCCAGGUUUCUGAAAUCAAGCAGGCUUAAAUUCCCCUCAGCUGCUCUGGCUGUGUACCUGGGGCCUGCUUCCUAACUUCUCUUAGCCUCAGUUUCCUCAUCUAUAAAUAGGGCAAUAGUACAUAAGGUUUAUGUGAGGAUUAAAAUAAGAUAAUGCAUCACAAGGUGCCUGGCACAAAAAAUAGUUGUUUUUUAAAUUAAUUUUUAUUGGAGUCGAGCUGAUUUACAAUGUUGUAUUAGUUUCAGGUGUACAGCAAAGAGAAUCAGUUACACAUAUACAUACAGCCACUCUUUUUAAGAUUCUUUUCCCAUAGGCCAUUAUAGAGUAUUGAGUAGAGUUCUGUGGGCUAUACAGCAGGUCCUUAUUAGUUAUCUGUUUUACAUAUAGUAGUAUGUAUAUGUCAAUCCCAAUCUCCCGAUUUAUCCUUCCCCCCGUUUUCCCCCGGUAACCAUAAGAUUGUUUUCUACAUCUCUGACUAACAAAUAGUAGUUAUUUUUUAAACUGCACAGUAGCGUUAUACACAGAGCUACUUCUCAAAUGUGUACUUAAAAUUUGUUACACCAAUAGGCUAAACCCUCACCACUACCAUUUUUGCUGACCAGUAGGAUAACUGGUGUUAAAACUGUACAAUUAUUUUUAACCCUGAUCAUCUCUGACAAGAGAUCCCAAUCAACAUUUCAGGAAAACAUAAGGAAAUGUUGACCCCACCCAAGAUUCUGAAAGUCAAACAAUAGUAGCUGGAAUAUUACAUAUUUCUGUUUCUUUCUAUGCAGGAAAUUGAUGUGAUAGCUUUAUGUUGAAAGAACAUAAAUAUUUUAGCAUAACCCAUAUUUAAGCCAAACCUGCCUUUACUGCUCAAGAAACUCCAAUGGGCCAGUGAGGACGCUGCAGGUAAAAGAACUUUCCAUGGCUGUAACACGUAGAAGCACUGUGCCUACAGGACUAUUACAGUGGAAGGGUCUCUGGGAGGAGAAAUUACGUGCAAGGAAGCGGUUGGAAUCUCCAAUUCAAGCCAAGGCUAAGCAGCAGCCACGAACGUGCCAGGUAUUUUCAGUUCAGGUAGGGCAGGAGAGUAGCCAGAAUUAAAGGGUAGUUGUUUUGUUCCCUAUUGAAUCUUUGACUGCAGAUAAUGUUUAUAACCUUUAAAGCUUGAAUUGGUCUGAAGAAGAAAAAGAAUUCAGUAGUGGUGAAAUACACAUAAAAUUUGCCAUCUCAACCGUCUUUAAGUGCAUCGCCUGUAACCUGCUAAGGUCCCGGGCCUGAUGCUCUGGCCACCGAGGCCCCUCCAGCCGCGCGGGUCCUGAGG